GAAGUUUUUGUCAGCAAACACUGCAGAAAGCCAGGAAAACUUGUUCAUUGGUGAAGACAACAGAACUAGACUGGUCCAUGGAUUACCAAAGUCUUGUGACUAGUACAAAUAUGUGCGUUAUAUAUCAGCUGCUCCUUGCAAGACAUUUCCCUUGUUCUUUUCAGAUUCUAAGCUGCAGCUUCAUGAAGGAAACCAUAAGAUACUUGGCAGGCAUUGCUGGGCCAAGUGGGUAUGGCUCCAAAUCAACUGCAGAGGAAGUUACCCACAACUGUUCUUGUUCUCAGUUAACUGCCAUCAUCACUGGGGCCACUUCCGGUAUUGGGGCUGAAACGGCAAGAGUUCUGGCUAAGAGAGGGGUAAGAAUUGUGAUUCCAGUGAGAGAUCUGACGAAGGCAACUGAAGUGAAGGAGAGAAUACAGAAUGAGAGUCCAGAAGCUGAGAUUAUUAUAUCUGAGAUUGAUCUCAGCUCUUUUGCCUCUGUGAAGAGAUUUUGCUCUGAGUUUCUGGCUCUAGGAAUCCCCCUAAACAUUCUCAUCAACAAUGCUGGGAUAUUCUCUCAGAAUCUGGAGUUCUCCGAAGACAAAAUUGAGAUGACAUUUGCCACAAAUUACCUAGGACAUUAUUUAUUGACAGAGUUAUUGUUAGAGAAGAUGAUAGAGACGGCAGCACAAACAGGCAUUCAAGGAAGAAUCAUAAAUCUUUCUUCUGUAGUUCACAGCUGGGUGAAAAAAGAUGGCUUCUGCUUCAGACAAAUGCUUAAUCCUAAGAAUUAUAAUGGCACACGGGCAUAUGCUCAGUCCAAAUUGGCUAACAUAUUGCAUGCCAAGGAAUUGGCCAGACAGCUAAAGGCAAGGAAUGCAAGAGUAACUAUAAAUGCUGUACAUCCAGGCAUUGUAAAGACUGGCAUUAUUAGGGCACAUAAGGGUUUCAUUACAGAUUCUAUCUAUUUUCUUGCCUCCAAGCUGUUAAAAUCUACAUCUCAGGGUGCAUCAACCACAUGCUAUGUUGCUCUGAGCCCACAAACAGAGGGGGUGAGUGGGAAAUACUUUGCGGACUGCAAUGAGAAUAACUGCUCAGCCAUAGCAAAUGAUGAAGGCGAGGCACAACGGCUAUUGAGGCAGACCCGUGCCUUGGUCCAGAGACUAUCACAUCAACAACCAGCUUAGAAGUUAGAACGUUAUCUCAAGCACAUGCGAGGACAUAAAAUUUUAGAAUAAGCCCUGUACAGGCACUGUACUUUUGUACAUGAUACAAGAUAUUUACAGGAGUAGCCUGGAGGUAGUUACCUAAGACAAUAAAUAAAGGGGUUUUAGAAACUAGAAUUAUCUCUACUUUAACCACCAAAUCAAUGCAUCUAUGAUUCUGAGUUAAAUAACAAAAUAUGACAAUUUUA